AUGGCAGUGGUUCGGGAUGCGCUAGUAGACAAUCGUUGGUGGAUAAGCUCAUCUAGAUCAAGAAAUCCGACUAUAUGCUUUCUGAAGAACUGCCUCCCCGACCAUCGGGAAGUAAUAUCAUCAGAAGCAGAUGACCGCUACCUAUGGAAAGUUGGCGACAACGCCCCUGUCGAAGGUUUCUCAUCGUCCCUCAUGUGGAAUCAUCUGUAUGGACAGGAAACUGAAGUGAACUGGCACAAAUCAAUCUGGUUCAAGGGAAGGAUUCCAAAGCAUGCAUUUAUUUCAUGGUUAGUAGCUCUGGACAGAUUAUCAACUAGGGACAGGAUGAGACAAUGGGGCGUUUUGGUUUCUCCUAUAUGUCCUCUUUGUGGCACAGCUGAUGAGUCUCGACAACAUAUCUUCUUUGACUGCGGGUACAGCAAGGAAGUUUGGUCCUUCUUUUACUCUACCCUCCAUCUUUCUCCUCCUACCUUGAUCAUGGAGUUACUAAGAUGGAUCAAAAGCCCUACUCGCCACAACAAUGUCAAUCUUAUUCUGAAACUUGCCUUUCAAGCCUGUGUCUACUUGGUUUGGAAGGAAAGGAACUCAAGGUUGCAUUCUCAGGUUUCUCGUCCUUCAGCCUCCCUGAUAUUGGAGAUCAAGCAGCUUCUUCGAAUAAAGAUGGACAUACUCUCCAGAGAGCAGAGGAACCUCCUUUCUACUAUUACUUUUCUCUUUACUUGGCGCCGCUUGUUCGAUAGCCAGUAG